ACUACACCCAGGCGCUGUCUCAGUUCGUCGGCUUUCUUUCCUGCCCGAGCUGAGCUUUCACAAGCCCACGAACCGGACAGCACAGGAGACGCCAAAACCCUCCAUCCGCACAACACUCGCCACGCCUUCAGCACUCGUAGCGUUCAAUCCACUCCUGUGGGUCUAGUGCGUCCUAUAUAUCCUUACAAAUCACAGAAAAAUGUCUUGGCAAAGCUACGUGGAUAACCUGAUGGCCGAUGGCAGCUGCCAGGAUUCCGCCAUUGUUGGCUACACGGACGCCAAAUACGUUUGGGCAUCGUCAGAGGGUGGUACUUUUAGCGGUAUAACGCCUGAUGAAAUCGACGUGAUUGUUGGCAAAGACCGAGAGGGCUUCUUCACCAGUGGGCUGACUCUAGGGAAAAAGAAGUGCUCCGUGAUCAGAGACAGCCUUCAGGUGGAAGGGGACUGGACAAUGGACAUCAGGACAAAGAGUCAUAAUGGAGAGCCAACGUACAAUGUUUCCAUAGGCAGAGCUGGCAAAGUAUUGGUUUUAGUCAUGGGAAAGGAAGGUACCCAUGGAGGAUCGCUCAACAAGAAAGCAUUUGGCAUGGCUGAGUACCUGAGGAAAGUUGGAUACUAAAGCAGCCCCUUCCCAUCCAUCCACCCAGCAGCUCACUUUAAUACACCGCACCAAACAACCGCCCACCCACCCAUGCCCCCAUCCUCAUCCUUACCUUACCCCCCUUGUCAACUUGACAGCACUACCAGAAACCGUUAGUAGAUGCAUUGUUGUCUCUCUCCAAAUCUGUCUGUCCAUUUUUUUUAUUUUUAUUUUUUUAUAUGAACCUUUUUUGUUUAACGCUCCGUGUUCAUUUAUUUUCCAAGUAAUGACAUCUUUAUUGUGCCACAGUAAAUCCAGCAUGUUUGUUUUUAUAAAGGUUCCAUCGAAAAAACACUACUGUACAUAGCAUAAACCUAAAAUGAAGAAUUUAAAAAGAAAAAUUGGACGACCCCGAAUUUGUAUAAAUUCGUCACUAAAUGAAGAAUCACUACAUUGUCCAAUUUUUUUCCUUAGGCACUGCUAAUGAACCAGCUAAAGAUAGAUGGAUGCCUCUCAAGUGGUUUGAGCCCUUGCUGAGCUCUCAUGGUCUUCCUUGUAUACAGCAUGUCCAGGAUGGAAAAAGUGCAUGCAUAUCUUUUAGGUCAAUAUUAUUGCUUUCCAGUAAUUAACUACACCACCUGGUCUCAGCUUUGAGAAUGACAUCUGAAGUUAACCAUUCACUUUACACAUUUUGUUUGUUGACAUUUUUUUGCUCUCGGUUUGAUUCUAAAUUGAGUUAGUAGCCAUCUCGGCCCCAGCCCUCGUGAACUGCACCACCCUUGCCCCAGCUACCUUUAGUUUGACUACCUUAUAUCAAAUGCUUUUGCUGUUGUAUUUGAAUGUGGUCUUGUAUGUCAUUGAUCUAAUGUUGGAAUAUUUUGAGUGUGGUGGCAGAUCAGCAUUUACAAGGGUUUGGGUUAAGUUGUUCCCCAAGAGCCUUUGCAUCCCGGACUCUUUAUGGACAUUCCAUCACUACAAUAGCUCAGGCACUUAUAAUUGUUGUUUGCCAGCUCCUGUAAUUUCUUUUUUUGUUUGUCCUUUUAUUUUUAUUAAGAAAAAAAGUGCUGCCAUCCCAGCGUAACCCUCUGGUUUUGUCCAUUUCACUUUGGUUUCUCCAAUAGGACCAAUGUUUUGUUGCAUCCGAAGGGAUUAACGGAAUUGCUCCAAACUAUUGUUGUGAAGGAUGACUGCUAGCUUCAUCUGUUGCCGACUUUAUAACACUAAAUUUUCAACACUUCAAAUACACAAUGUGACACCAAGUUCAUUACUAUUAAACACUAUUAAUUGCUUAACAGUUUGAAAUAAAAAUUCACAACUACAGCUACCUGAGAAUUUCUCUAAUGAAUGUCUUGAAUAGAUGAAAUGGCAGUCUUGUUGUUAAUAUCAGUCACCUUGAAAUUCUUCAAAUCACUUUUAAUCUGUUAUUUUCAAGAGUGAAACCAUUUGGAGGUCAUUGCGUUGUAAACUACUUAAUUGCGAUGUAUCAAACUGUCUUAGCACGGUACAAAUGACUCAUUAAAUAGACAAAAUAAAAAUACUGAAGUAAACCGUGUACACUAACUUUUCUGGGAUAUGUUGGUAUUAGAUUAAAAAGACCACUAUUCAAAGUCAACUGUAUUGUGGAAACUUAAAAAAUAAAGCUGUGUAUCCUGUGCCAUAAUGUAGAUCUGAUAUGUUGCUAAUGUGAGAUGGAUUUUAACUGCUGCCUUGCGGGGAGUCACUUCUUCAAUGGCACCUUUGGGAUAUUUGGCAUAAAUUCAAACUCCCGGGCUUGUGGAAAAUGUACAGAUUAAAGAAAAGCAUAAACAAAAUUUGUCCAAUUCUCUCCUUUUUUGCAUCUAACCAGCUGACUUUCAACUCGAUUUGAAUGGGGGGGGACAAAUGCCAUGAUUUUAACCACCUUGUUUACAGACAGAUCAAAUAAACCUAUUCCAACCAGAAAA